AUGGUUGUCAUAGCAAUUCAAGAUGCUAAAAGAAAAGAAGUCAGUGAAGAAUGGUUUAAUGCAUAUCAGUCGGGGUCCACUCUUCCCAAGAAAGCAGGAAUUCUUAUUGCAGCUUACUGCACAGUGGAGCAGUUGCCACCAGAACCAUUAAAACCUUCUGACUGGUAUUUUACAGGGGAUCUUCCCAUUUGCUCAGCUGUUGUUGAAUUCAUCAACAAACCUGGGAUUCCAGAGGCACCGACGGAGCAGAAAUCCAGUCCUGAAAUGCAACGCAAGUCAGUCACAAAACUGCCUCUUUGCUUCAGAAAAAUGCACAGGAUGCUGUGUACGUGCAGAGAUGGCUGGAAAGCAUAUUACAGGCAGUCUGUCUUUUUAGCAGGCUUGGGUUUAGCCUUCUUGUACACCACAGUGCUUGGCUUUGACUGUAUCACUACAGGGUACGCCUACACGCAGGGGAUCAGUGGCUCUCUUCUCAGCAUACUCAUGGCUCUUUCUGCCUUCUCAGGACUAAUGGGCACAAUUUUGUUUACUAAGCUAAGGAAGCAUUAUGGCUUGGCUGUCACAGGAGUCGUAUCCAGCCUCCUCCAUGUAAGCUGUUUAAUGCUGUGUGUGUUUUCAGUCUUUGCCCCCGGCAGUCCUUUUGACUUGGGUAUUUUCUCUCUUCUCACAAGUAAGAACUCUUCCUUAAACCACGAGACACUGCAUAAGAACCAGCUGCAUAUUUACCCCUUCCAAAGAAACAUCAACCAACCCAUACUGCCAGAUCGUUCUUCAAUUCAUUGGACUAAUAAUACAGUGCUGUUGGACAGCGUGCAUGGGAGCGAUCACCCAGAAUCCUAUAUUUCAAUCAUUCUCUUGUUCUCAGGAGUGAUACUAGCCAGAAUUGGGCUGGUGGAAAGUGAGGGCCUAAUUAAGGAUGCUUAG